AUGGUUCUUCCACUCCCCCUGCUCUUCCUUUUCCUCCUCGUCUCUGCCUGCGUCGCUCAACCCCCUCCGAAAUUCCGGUGCAGCUCCAAGUCCAACUGUCAGGCCUUGGCCGGGUACGUCCCCCCAAGGGAGAUGACCUACGAGGCCGUCAGGGGGCUCUUUGAUGUGGCUUCCUUCUACGACCUUUAUGGAGCCAACGGCCUCAACGAAACCACCCCGACCUCGAACAAGAUUCCCUCCAACACCACCGUCCGGAUCCCCUUCACCUGCACCUGCGGUAACGGGACCGGCGUCUCCGAAAGGCGGCCGUUCUACGCUGUGAAGAAUGGUGACUCCCUGCUGGCGAUCGCCGGGGAGAUAUUUGGCGGUUUGGUGACCUUCCAGCAGAUCGCCGCCGCGAACGGCGUAGCGAACGCCUCCCUGAUCAACGCAGGGCAGCGGCUCUUCAUCCCCCUCCCUUGCAGCUGUGAUGAUAUCGACAUUCACACGAUUCACCUCGCCCACGUAGUGAAGCAGGGGAGUACCCAGGCGGAAGUCUCCAGGGAGUUUGGGUUGUCGGAGGCGUCGCUUAUCAGCCGCAACAGCAUAUCCGACCCCAAGAGCCUCCUCCCGGGCCAAGUCCUCGACGUUCCCCUAACCAGUAAUUGUCAUCUCUCUGGCUUCUUCUUCCUCUGAAAAUUCCCUUCCCGACUGACCAUGAGGAUUGCGGCGGGCAGCUUGCUCCUCGUCCUCAAUUCACCGGGAUUCCCCCGACUAUGGCCUGCUUGUCCCCAACGGUAGCUACGCCUUGACUGCCGGCAACUGCAUCAGGUGCACGUGCAACGAACAGUCGGCGGAGUGAGAACCUCUCACUCUCUUCUCCUUCCCCCGAAUCAGCCUCCCGCAUUUCGGGCGUAUGACCACUCCACCGCGAUAUUCUCGUCUGGUGCUUCUUGAGGCUGUGGUGCGUCACGGCUCCAGAUUCGCUUCUCAACACAACUUUGCGUUGUAACCAGCAGCUCUGCAACUCAAAUGAGUCUCCCGACCAUCAGCAAGAGAUUCAAAUCCCUUACAUCUCCGCAUGUAUGGUCACCUGGUGCUUCUACGCCGGCUUCGACAGCGGAAAAAUCUUGACCACCACCACUUCCAGUUCUACAUGCGGUGAGCUGCACGACUCCGGGCCUCUUAUGGCUGUUGAUCUAGUGUCUCUUUGA